CAACGAGUGGCAGAGCUCCCCAAGCUCCCCAAGAAGCUCUCCUCCUACUCUACCGAAGCAGAAGCCUCGACGCUGAGAUGCCCGUGCUCGCUGACCUCCUCCACGCGCUCCUCCUCCCGCUCCGCAUAGUUCUCCGCCUCAUCCACCGCCUCCUCUACUCGCCAACGUGGCGGACAACCUACCCGGUGACGCGCACGCUUCCCGAGCCGGUCGCGCCGGCCGCGCGCAAGGGCACGUGGACGCUCCGUACCCGCACGGGCGAGUCGCCGCUCGGGCCGGUGAAGCACACGCUGAACGGCAACACGGGCCGCCAGCUGUGGACCUUCGACCCGGCCGCCGCUCCCGCGGCCUGGGAGGCGGACGCGCUCUCGCACUUUCGGCGCGAGUACGAGGCGAUGGCCGAGGUGCGCCACCACUCGGCGGACGAGCCGCUGCGGCUGCAGGCGCUGCGCGAGACGGGCGGGAAGCGGCGCGCGGCGAAGCCGCUCCCCAAGGGCGCCGCCGAGGCAGAGCAGGUCGACGCGUCUCUGCGGCACGGCAUCGGCUUUUACGGCAGCCUCCAGAUGGAGGACGGCCACUGGCCGGGCGACUACGGCGGGCCGAUGUUCCUGCUGCCCGGGCUGGUGAUCGCCUGCUACGUGACGGAGACGGAGCUGCCGGCGGAGCACCGCGCUGAGAUGCUGCGCUACUUGCGCAACCACCAGAAUGAGGACGGAGGCACGGGGCUGCACAUCGAGGGCCACUCGACGAUGUUCGGGACGUCGCUUAACUACGUCGCCGCGCGGCUGCUGGGCAUGGCGGCGGACGACCCACACUGCCUCCGCGCGCGCGCCUUCAUGCACGGCCGCGGCGGCGCCGUCAACAACACGUCGUGGGCGAAGUUCUGGCUCGCGUUGCUGGGCGUGUACGAGUGGCGCGGCAUCAACCCUCUGCCGCCGGAGAUGUGGAUCUUGCCUUACUGGCUGAUCGUCCACCCGGGCCGCUUCUGGUGCCACUGCCGCAUGGUCUACUUGCCAAUGUCGUACCUGUACGGCAAGCGCGCCGCCUGCCCGCCCACGCCCCUCACGGAGGCCCUGCGCAAGGAGCUCUACGUGGAGCCGUACUCUGAGAUCGCGUGGGAGGAGCAGCGCAACAACUGCGGCCCGGCAGACAUGUACGUGCAGCACCACCCGCUGCAGGACCUGCUCUGGAAGGUCGUCGCCGCAGCAGAGCCGUGGAUCCCUGCCUGGCUACGCCGCCGCGCGCUGUCGUGGUGCGCCGACAUGAUCCUGCACGAGGACGGAUCGACACGGCAUGUCGACAUCGGCCCGGUCAACAAGGCGAUCAACAUGGUCUGCUGCUGGUACGACGACCCGCACGGGGAGGCCUUCAAGGCGCACCUGCCCCGCAUCUUCGACUACCUCUGGCUCGCCGAGGACGGCAUGAAGAUGCAGGGCUACAACGGGUCGCAGGCGUGGGACACGGCCUUUGCAGUGCAGGCCAUCGCGGCGUCGGGCCUCGGCGAGGAGGCCGAGGUCUCGCCCAUCCUGAGGAAGGCGCACGAGUACCUCGACGCGUCGCAAGCCCUCGGCUUGCCCGGCGUAGCGGCGCUCGAGCCGGAGCGGCUGUUCGAUUGCGUCAACGUCAUUCUCUCGUACCAAAACACCGCCGAGCACUGGGGCACCGGCGGCUGGGCCACCUACGAGAACACGCGCGGCCCCGCGGCGCUCGAGCUUCUCAACCCGUCUGAGUGCUUCGGGGACAUCGUCAUCGACUACUCGUACUGCGAGCUGACCUGCGCCUGCAUCACCGCCCUCUCGCACUUCCACCGCCGCCAUCCCGGCCACCGCACCGCCGAGAUCUCGACGGCGAUCAAGCUCGGCGCGCCGUGGACCCGCGACACGCAGCUGGGCGCGUGGUUUGGCGUGGUCGGCCUCGCCUCGGUCGGCGAGCGGGAGGCAACCUCGCCGCACGUCGCCAAGGCGCUCGCGUUUCUGCGCUCCAAGCAGCUGCCCGACGGCGGCUGGGGCGAGUCCUACUUGUCGUCCUCGAGGAAGGAGUACCACCAUGCAGACGCGUCGCAGGCCCCCCCCCCACACCCGCUUGCACGAGCGCACUCCUUCCCUCACCGCACCACUUGGCACGCGGACGCGUCGCCAGCCACGCCAUCGAGUGCAUGCCUCCCCUUCCUUCCGUUGAUCCCUCAGCCGGUCGUCAACACGUCGUGGGCGAUGCUCGCCCUCCUCGCCGGCACGGAAGGCUGCGACGAGUCGAUGGCCGGCGCGGCGCCGGUCCUCGCGCGCGCGGCUGCCUUCCUGAUGUCGAUGCAGGAGCCGACGGGCGACUGGCCGCAGCAGCUCAUCUCCGGCGUCUUCAACCACAACUGCAUGAUCACGUACGCAAACUACCGCAACAUCUUCCCCCUCUGGGCCCUCGGCCAGUACCGCCGCCGCCUCCGCGGCGAGCCCCUCCCAAACCUCGACGCGGUCCCCACUCUCAAGCUCUGAGCUGCCGGCCGGCCUGGGCGCGCGCGUCGAAGUGGCGCCGCGGCGGACAGGAGAACCUCGCGCCGUGCGGCAAGAGCCGGCGGGGCGGAGACACAGCGACAGCGAGGGGUGACGUCGAGGUUUGCACAUCGCUGGAACAACGGCAGGCCAGCGACAUGCAGAGGUAGAGCCGCCAUGAUGGGUCUCAGGGAGCCCCUGUUUUCAUGUUGAAUUUAUUUUGGCAUCCGCUCGAGAGAGAUCGUGUGU